GAGCACUGCACAUACAGGUACACCCAAACGCACCAUUGACACCCAGAGGGGAAGAUUUACACACCGCAUGCUCGAUUUAACUGCCAACCAUGGCCACGUUUGAUGACAUCCUGGAAGAAGCUGGGAAGUUCGGCCGCUGUCAGAAGCGCAUUUUCGCCCUGCUGUGCAUGGUGUCCAUGCCCUGGGCCGGCGUCUACGUGGGCAUCGUGUUCCAGGGCUUCACCCCUGAGCACUGGUGCCGGGAGCCGGGGGUGGUGGAUCUGAAACAGAGCUGUGGAUGGAGCCUGGCUGACACUCGCAGGCUGACGGUUCCUCUGGUGAACUCCUCUGCUGGGGGGAUGGUCCACAGCCAGUGUGAGAGGUACGACCUGGACUGGAACUCUACAGGCCUCAGCUGCCUGGACCCAGAGAUAGACCUCAGGACAACUCCCAUGACCACCUGCAGGAACGGCUGGGAAUAUGAUUAUGAUGGUCGAGAGUCCUUUGUAACCGAGUUUGAUCUGGUGUGUGGGCAAGCCUGGUUAGUGGACAUGUACCAGGCCACACUCAACAUUGGCUUCCUGGUUGGCUCCAUUGCUAUUGGCUACUUGGCUGACAGGUUUGGCAGGAAGGUGAGUUUCCUGAUGUCUAACCUGUUUAAUGGAAUAGCUGGUAUCCUGGUGGCAGUCGCUCCAAACUACGCCUCCCUGCUGGUCUUCAGAACGCUGUACGGCUUCGGAGUAAAAGGAGGCUGGGUGGCCGGAUAUGUCCUCAUCACAGAGAUAGUGGGUGUGGAGUACCGGAGGACGGUGGGGGUGAUCUACCAGAUGUUCUUCAGCGUUGGAAUCCUCAUCCUCCCCCUCCUAGCCUACUACAUCACAGACUGGCGCUGGCUACAGGUGGUCAUCACUGUGCCCUAUAUUGUCUUCCUGGCAUACUACUGGUUUAUCCCAGAGUCUCCCAGGUGGCUCCUCUCUCAAGGCAAGGCCAGGAAAGCUGUUGAGAUCACCGAAGCCAUAGCCAAGGAGAACAACAAGACGCUCUCCAAGAACAUCGAGACCAUGAGGGAUGACAACGCGCACUCCUCCACCGCCUCCUUCAUGGACCUGGUCAGAACUCCCCGAAUGAGGAAACACACCUUCAUCCUUGGUUUCAACUGGUUCACCAGCGCGGUGGUCUACCAGGGGCUCAUCAUGAGGCUGGGCAUCCUGGGAGGAAAUGUGUACCUCGACUUCCUGAUCUCGGGCCUGGUAGAGUUACCCGCUGCCUUCCUCAUCCUCUUUACCAUCGAGCGCAUCGGACGCCGUCUCCCCUUCGCCACCGCCAACAUAGUGGCUGGAGCCUCCUGUAUCAUCACCGCCUUCAUACCUGACAGUAUGUUCUGGUUCAAGACAGCCGUGGCCUGUAUCGGCAGGCUAGGCAUCACCAUGGCUUUUGAGAUGGUGGUGUUUGUCAACACCGAGCUUUACCCCACUUUUAUCAGGAACCUGGGGGUGUCCGUGUGCUCGACUCUGUGUGAUGUCGGAGGCAUCGUGGCUCCCUUCCUGCUCUACAGGCUGGCUGUCAUCUGGCUGGAGCUGCCCCUUAUCAUCUUUGGCUGCCUGGCAUUUGUAGCAGGAGGGCUGGUCCUGCUGCUUCCUGAGACCAGGGGAGUUCCUCUUCCUGACACCAUCGAUGACAUUGAGUUCCCCAACAGACCCAAAGAUGACACUUUCGAGGAUCAGAUGUCCAAUCUCCUUCCAACUGAUGCAACAGCCAACAAGGAAACAGCCACUGUUUAGUUGACACUUGUGUGCCUGGAUAAGAAAUGGUUUGAGGUGUAAUGUCAGUAGGGACUAUGGUGUUGAAACCACGUAUAAUAACUAGUACACUGUCCACCAUUAAAUACUCUGUUCAACUACUAUGUUUUGCAAAACAGCUGUAAAUAGAAUAUGUCUGCAAUUAUAUUCUUGUUGUUGUUAGUAAUACUGUUGUCAGAUAUAUUCAUGUUGAAUAGAUAUUUGUCUUUUCAGUACGUCUUUGAUGAAAAGUGGAGAGGGAAUUAUGUGGAUUUAAUAAUAAUAAUUUAAU